CAGAUGGAAGCGCGAGUGAGCGAGAAAGAGAGGGAGAGAGAACGAGAUCCGGCGAGAUGGAGACGUUGUAACUUCAGAAAAUGCCUGAACUCAAGCUCCAUCUGUGAACAGACAGAGGGGAAAAUCUUGGCAAAUCCCUUCAUUUUGCUGAAAGGAAGCCGGUGUUCUGGUCAUCGAUACGGAGUGGUGCUGUGUGUGCCCUUAUUUGGCUGUCAAAUGCACAGAUCCGACAUGCUGACAGAAAGCAGAAAACGCAGACGAGGCUGUGAUGCCGAGGAGGUGCAGGUCCUGCCCCAGCCAAAGAGGUCUGGAGGUUAUUCCUUUCUCCCCGAGGUUGGCCAUGAUGUCUGGGACUCUGAGUCAUCCAGCAGUGACAGCAGUGGUAUCAGCAGCCCGGAGCAGAUGGCAGGAGCCACUUCCAGCAUCCAGAAGCCUGACCAAAGAGGACUCAGCCCUGGCAUUGCAGCAGAAGAACCGGCCGUCUCCUUGAGCCAAAACAUCUCAUACGAUUACAUCAACCGCAUCUUGAGGGAGGCUCACUUUAGUAGCCUGCAAACCCGAGGUCAGCAAGCACCAACAUGAUCAACAGUGACUCUUCAAGCACCCGUUGGCAUUAAGGAACAGUGUACAGGGGACCACACUUUACGGCCUGGCACACAUAAUAAUGAGCCCUCGAAGUGCUUUUUGUGUUCUUUCUUAUAGCACUUUUCCAUGUUCAUAGUGUUUAUGUGAAGCUCGACUUGAUGUGUUGACCAUGAACUUCACAUAGGUGCUAUAUAAAAGAUGUCUUGGAAGAUUAUGUGGGCCUUUCCCCCUUUGCUAGACAGCCACACAUGGUGCUACUGCAGUCCUGGGUUGUGUUUUACUCUGAUACAUGACAAGCAUUCGGCCAUUUUUUUACAUUCUUUGGCCAGUCUAGAUAUGGAUAAGAAUUGAAGAACUGUGGUCUAUAUUCUAUCGGUGGCUCUGGAGAGUCAUUUCAGGUGGAUUAAUAAUGCUGUUGACGUUUACAGAAGAUGAUGGUUUGAUUGAAUUGGAGGUUUUUGAUGGCGUACAUAUCGAAAACUCAGGGCUAAAGGAUUUCUAUGUGUGCCAUUAAGGUUCAGACUUUAAAUGAGGAACUUGCUGCCAGAUCCUUUGAAAUUUUCUAUAGCGUAGUCUCUCUUUACCUUAGAAGACAAACAGCAUACUAGCACAUUACACAAGAGAGAGACUAUUCUGGAAAUGCAUGAUGGAUUCAGGUCUAUUAAUGUCCAGAGGAAGCACUAUGAAUCGUGACGAUUAGUGUGUAAAUCCAGAGUGCAAAUUGAAAGCCAUGUCCGAUUAUUGAGAAGUUUUGUUUUCAAAUCUUCUAGUUCAGUCAGUCUAUGUGUUGCCUGUAAUACGAUGACUUGUCUUGUAUGGGCACACAGGGAAUGAACUAAAAUUAGCUUGCAACUAACUAAGCACUCUGCAGUGUCACGUUGAUGAUGUAGAUCAGGGGUGCCCAUACUCUGUCCUGGAGGGCCUGUGUCCUGCAAAGUUUAAUUCCAACCCCAAUCAGACACACCUGGGCAAGCUUAUUAAAUUCCUACUAGCUUUUCUAGAAACAUCCGUUCAGGUGUGUUGAAGAAAGUUAGAGCUGAAAUCUGCAGAACACCAGCCCUCCAGGACCGAGUUUGGGCACCCCUAAUGUCUCAAACUCUAUUCUUGGAGGGCCGCAGCUCCAGUUUUGCUCCAACCCUAAUCAAACACAGCUGAUCCAACUAAUCAAGGUGUUCAACACCACUAGAGACUAUUAAGCAAGUGUGAGUUGAAGGUGGUUGGAGCUAAACUGUGCAGAGCUUCGGCCCUUCAGGAAUUGAGUUUGAAACCACUGACGUGGAUAUUUCGCAUAAAAUGUCCCACUUAUGUCUGUCGACCAGUAUACAGCUACGGAAAAUAAAAUAGGAGACCACUUAAAUUCUCUGGAUUUAUGAUUUAAAAUUGCGUUUGUUUAAACGAUUUUCACGAUUUAUUAAUAAUUAAACGAUUUAUUAAUAAUUAAAAUGCUAUUUUUGUAGUUUAGAACAUUUUGAGUGUCAUGUUUUGAUUCAUUCAUAGGCAAUUCCAAUGUUUCAAAAGUGUUAAGAAAUCAAUUAGGGAUGCUCCGAUCAAUCAGCCAAAGAUCAGUAUCGGCUGAUAAUCACAUUUAAUGACUCGAUCGGUACUCACCAAUCUGGCCGAUCUCAUUAACUGAUCGCAGGGGUUUGUUUAUGAGUUUACAAGCAGAGGAAGUCGCACUUGUGCUCCUGUAUAUUAUACAUGUACAACACGUAAGGAGGUAAAUGAUGUGUGGAGGCGUGAACGAUCAAUGCGCUCGUAAAAAUAUAUACAGAUGCGGUGUGACCUCUGUUUAUACAGUUUAUUGGCACGACUCGCGUGAGUGAUGGUCUCUUUGUUGCAAGUGCAAGCAUUGUUUUACUAUGUUUUGAGCUGCUUUGACACGAGCCAAGCGAUUUGUAAUAUCUCUAACCAAUUUUUAUACCUGUGUUAUAUUAUUUUCUAUAAAGCUGUUUCUGGCCAUAAUAUGUUCACACCUAAAUGGUUUAAAAUAGAUAUGUUAAAGGGAUAAUAUACAACAUCCUUAUUUUAUUCUCUUAAGUAAGGUCACCGAGACAAUGAAUCUGUACUAUUGGCUGCAAAAAUCCUGAUCGGAGCAUCCUUAAAAUAGAUUUUUGGAUGAAUAACCAUUACACCUACACUCAAAAAAAAAAGACUUUUUGCUGCUUGUUCAAACUACUUAUUUAAUAUGAGUUGAACCAACACAAUUCUUAUAUUCUGCUUGUUUUAUAUUCAAUCCAAUUAAAAUUGUAAAGACAAAUAAAAGUUAUCUGAUUUGUGUUGGGACAACAUGACGGGAUUGUGCGGAUCCCAGCAUUUUUACAGUGUAAUUUCAGUCACAGCAAAUUUAACUAUUAAAAACUUUGAACAUUUUAAGACUGAAAUGCUCUAUUUUACAAGAAAUUUUUAGACAUGAAUAAAACAAAACGAUGUACAUUUUACUCAAAUUCAUACCGAAUAAAUCCAGAGAAUUUUCUUAUUUUUUCCCAUAGCUAAAUAUAUAAAAUGGCUUAAUUCAUUUUAGAGUGGCAAAACAAACAAGAAUGGUUAGUAUGCACAACAAUUUAGAAACUAAAUUUCAGCUUAGCCCAAACAGAUUGUAAGAGGACAGUUGCAUCAUUUCAAGCAGGGGAUCUAAACAUAUUCAAUACACUUUCAUCUACUCAGUGCACAAUACUGUACAACCAGGCACUGUGCUUUGUAUGAUGAUGAUGAUGAUGAUGAUGAUAAAUUGUCCAUGCGGUCAUUAUUGUUUUGUAUUUAGGACUGUAUAUAAUAUAUAGCUAGCAUAUAUACAAUAUUUGAAAUCACUGUUAUUUUAUCAAAUGUUCCUCUAAUGUAAAUAAAUAAAAUAAAGGUUUUAUUUAA